AAAGCUGUUAAUUUCUUAUAUACAUAUUAUUCAAAUUAUAAUACUGAAGCAUCUGUUUCAGGUUUAACCGGAGGCCCAUUGGAGCAUUCUUACCAAUUAGUACAGUUCCAUUGCCACUGGGGAAAAUGCCACAGUUCCGGAUCAGAGCACAUGGUAGAUGGUAAAGGCUUUGCUGGUGAGCUUCAUCUCGUGCACUGGAAUGUCGAUUUAUACAACAGUGUAGAAGAAGCCCUUGCAUCUUCCAAAGGCGUCGCUGUCAUCGGUAUAUUUUUUCAGAUCGGUAGACAUAAUGAUGAGCUUGGAAAAAUAACAGAUAUCUUGCACGAAAUAACGCAAAAAGGAGAAGAAUGUUCUCUUCCAAAAAAAGUAGAUCCAUCUGCUUUCAUACCAGAGUCUCACGAUUAUUGGACGUACGAAGGAUCUCUUACUACUCCCCCAUGUUAUGAAAGUGUGACAUGGAUUCUAUUUAAAAGGCCUAUAGAAGUCUCUGAAGAACAGAUUGAAAAGUUUAAGGUCCUUCACUCCUCGAAUUUGAAGGCUUACGUAAAUGGAGAACCCGUUGUGGGUAAAGUAACAGAGAACUGCCGACCUGUGCAGCCGCUGAAUGGCCGGAUUAUACGAGAAGCUCCAUACUAAGUAAAUCCCAUCACUUUCAGUUUUUUCCCAAACAACAUCAGCAUUCUUUGUUUUGAAAAAUGCACCAGAUCUUGUGUAAUGACGGCGAUGCCAUUCUUCGAUGCCUUCUUCUGGAGCAUUUCACUGCAGCAUUUCACUGCAGCCGAUGGAUGAAGACCUUUAUUCCGAAAGUAGUUGAAAUUCUUUUCUAGAUGUCAUCUUUCCAAUCUUUCAAGAGGAUAUGCUGCAAACAUCUUGCUAAUUAUCUGAAUUUUGAAAGAAACGACAUAACAGAUUCUUUUAAUUUUUCUAAAAUGCACUAAAUUCGUCUGCUGUAUUUUUACUUUCCCGCUCAUGACUUGCUCUAAAAUUUGAAAUCUUUUACAUGAGAAGUGCUGAAUCAGCUUUUUACCUGUAUACGCUUCUGUGAUGCUUAUGUGAAGAAAAUAUUUUAUUUACGAUGUGGGCAAAAUGUAUUACUUUGAAGCAUUUAUUGUUAAUCUUAGUGCAUGUUCGUUGCAGUUAAUAUAUAGAUAUUUUUGUUGAUGUUUUAGUUUAUUAAUGUACGUUUUGUUUAAAUAAAAGUAUAUAUUUUGUGUGUA